GGAUAAUGUUGACGACACUCGCAACUUCUUCCUUAUCGACACCUACACUCUCCUGCUACAAUGGCGACUUUCCUAACAAAUGUUGUUUCAAUCAAACCUACAAUCUUCUCAUUCCAGUCCGAAUCCUUCACUCCUUUGCAUACACGGGUCAAUGUAUUCUCCUCGAAACCCUUUCCUUCUCUCGCUGGAACUUUCUCCCGGAGCUCUAGAACGAGAUUCAUUCCUUAUGCUGUAACGGAGACGGAAGAAAAACCCGCCGCUUUGGACCCUAGUUCAGAAGCUGCCAGGCGUGUGUAUAUCGGUAACAUACCCAGGACGGUGACCAAUGAGCAGCUCACUAAACUUGUUGAAGAACACGGUGCUGUUGAAAAAGUUCAGGUGAUGUAUGAUAAGUAUUCAGGAAGAAGCCGUCGAUUUGGGUUUGCUACAAUGAAAUCAGUUGAAGAUGCUAAUGCUGUGGUUGAGAAAUUGAAUGGCAAUACCGUUGAAGGGCGUGAGAUAAAGGUUAACAUUACAGAGAAACCUAUAGCAUCAUCACCUGAUUUAUCAGUUCUUCAGUCUGAGGAUUCAGCAUUUGUAGAUAGCCCUUACAAAGUGUAUGUUGGGAAUCUAGCAAAGACUGUUACAAAAGAGAUGCUUGAGAAUUUGUUUUCUGAGAAAGGGAAAGUAGUAAGUGCUAAGGUUUCAAGAGUACCUGGAACUUCCAAAUCCACCGGGUUUGGAUUCGUUACGUUUUCUUCUGAAGAAGAUGUGGAAGCAGCCAUUGUUGCUCUUAACAAUUCGUUGCUGGAAGGACAGAAGAUUCGGGUGAAUAAGGCUUAGCCUAUUGGAUCAUAAAGAAUGUGAAAAGAAUCGCUUUGAAGAGUUUUUGUAAUGCAAAUCAUUAGAGCUUAGUGUAUCAUCUUGUAUUCAUUCUAAGUUGAAAAUGAAACCAUAUCUUUUCAAAAGCUUAUAGUUGUGGUAAUCUUGUUUCUAGGCAGUGUAAACAGAGAACUCCAAUGACAUGAACAAGUCAUGCUACAUCCAAUUCAGAGGUAGGGAUGAUAAUGAAGAUCCCCAAGCUAAAUUUAUCUCCACCAAGUUUCCUUUCCAUAAAUGUAUCAUACAAUGUAAAAUUGCUACUUGUGUGACUUGUGAGCUUUGGUCACUCAAAAUUUCUUAAUUUAGUGUCUACUUCUGUAGCUCUUCUGUUGCUUGU